UAAACUUUCAAUACAAGAUAAAAAAAAAAAAAAAAGAUUUGGUUUUUAUUCAUCUCUCUCGGUUGUUUCCAUUUUACAGGUUUCAAUCGAAAAUUCCCUCUUUUUACAUUUUGGGAUUUUGAUCUUGGGUUUCUUGUGUUUGUGUACAUAGAUCGGAUCUUCAAGUUUCUUGUAAAGUUUUAAUCUUUUAGGGUUUCUUACUUCCUAAAGUUUCUCUUUUUUCUAAAUGGAUACUUUGGGUAAUUGAUUGGAUUAGGGUUUGUGUUCUCUAGCGGUGGGAAAGCUGUUUUUGGAUUCUUGGAUUCUAUCUUUGAUUAAGGUUCUCUUGCAGCUUUCUCACAGGUUUUAGGGUUUGAUAGGUUGGUAGAGAUUUGGAAUUGAAUUUGAGUUUCUUGAUUCUGUUAACCAUGGUGGAUGCUAUUGGAGCUGUGUCUUUGGUUUGUCAUCGACCUUCGAUUGUGAGGGUUUCGGUUAAGAACGAAUCCAAAACGCAGAGAUCACAGUUUCCGGUGAAGUUAGAUUUUAGUGCGAAUCGUUUGGUGAUGCAGAAGAGUGUGAUGAAGAGUCGAAUGUGGUCUGUGUUACCGAUCAGGGCUGUUGCGAUGGAACUGACGAAAGAGAUGCCUGCGUAUAAGAAGAAGAAAGACGAGAGGUUACCUAAAACUUGGAACUAUCUUGAUUCCGGUGCAGAUGAUAAACCCGGUGUAUGGCCACCUGAGAACAAAGCUGAUAAGCCUUCAUUGCAUAAUCCUUUACUUAGGCAAGAACGUAUGGGUUGUGGUUGGUUAGGUGCUAUAUUUGAGUGGGAAGGAGUGUUGAUUGAAGAUAACCCUGAUCUUGAUAACAAGUCAUGGCUGACUUUAGCUCAGGAAGAAGGGAAGUCUCCUCCUCCAGCUUUUAUGCUCAGACGUGUCGAAGGGAUGAAAAACGAGCAGGCGAUUUCAGAGGUUCUGUGUUGGUCGAGAGAUCCUGUUCAAGUGAGAAGGAUGGCUAAGCGUAAAGAAGAGAUCUUUAAAGCUUUACAUGGAGGUGUGUAUAGACUAAGAGACGGGUCACAGGAGUUUGUGAAUGUCUUGAUGAAUAAUAAGAUCCCAAUGGCUUUGGUGUCUACUCGUCCUCGGGAGACAUUAGAGAAUGCUGUUGGAUCUGUUGGUAUACGGAAGUUCUUCAGUGUGAUAGUUGCGUCUGAAGAUGUUUACAGAGGUAAACCGGAUCCUGAGAUGUUCAUUUACGCAGCACAGCUUCUUGAUUUCAUACCGGAACGUUGCAUUGUGUUUGGAAACUCGAACCAGACCAUUGAAGCGGCUCAUGAUGGGAGGAUGAAAUGUGUGGCUGUGGCUAGUAAACACCCGAUUUAUGAGCUUGGUGCAGCUGAGCUGGUGGUAAGAAGACUAGACGAGUUAUCGAUUAUUGAUUUGAAGAAACUUGCAGAUACGGAUUUGACGGAAUUCGAACCGGAAUUGGAGAUGGAAAAGGAAGAUGAGCAUGAGCGGCCUUCGUCAGCUGUAGCAGUUGAUGAUAUCUUCUGAUGGAAGUGAUCUUCUGUUAUAUUGUACAGUCUUAUGAGAUUUGGAUUCUUCCUCGUGUAAUUCACGACAUGUUUUAGUUUCUGUGUAUAAUUGGAAGAAGCUUAAACGAGGGAUAAAUAUAAAUGUACACUCAUACAUAUACUUAGUUCCUACUUAGUUUUAAUGUUUGUAUACGUUAAAAUAUCAUUAGACUUGUAUACUUGUGAGAUAACAUUCAUCAUAUAUGUUGAAGUCUGA